AUGUGUAAAGGAGAAAGUUCUUUAGACUUGAACAGUGAAGUUGACUUGUCUCAUUUUGCACUUCUUCGAUCAGUUGGAAAAGGGGCUUUUGGAAAAGUACGUGUGGUUCAACAUAAAGGUACUAAACAACUUUUUGCAUUGAAAUAUAUCAACAAAGCUCGUUGUAUACAAAUGCGUGCAGUUGAAAAUAUUAUUUCUGAACGACGACUUUUGGAACGUAUUGACUGUGGUCUUAUUGUCAACUUACGGUAUGCAUUUCAAGACGAUGAAAAUUUAUUUAUGGUGUUGGAUCUUAUGCUUGGUGGUGAUUUACGUUUUCAUCUAGAUCGUCUUGGUGUUAUGCCUGAAGCUUAUGUACAAUUUUAUGCUGCUGAAGUAGCUUGGAGUUUACGAUACCUUCAUAAAAAGAAUAUUAUACAUAGGGAUUUGAAACCAGAUAAUAUACUUCUUAGUGAACAAGGUCAUGCACAUUUAACGGAUUUCAAUAUUGCUGUUCAAUUCUCGGAAUCAAAACCUUUGACUUCUGUGGCUGGAUCUAUGGCUUAUAUGGCUCCUGAAGUCUUAAUGAAAAGAGGUUAUCUUGCAUCUGUAGAUUGGUGGUCUCUUGGUGUAGUUUGUUAUGAACUUUUGAUUGGAAAGCGUCCUUUUCGUGGAAAAACAAAUGAGGCAUUACAACAGGCAAUCUUACAUGAUAAUAUUACAUUCCCUGAAUCAAGUCAUAUCUCUCAAGAAGCUAGAGAUUUUAUUACUGGUUUAUUGACUCGUGAUAUCAACAGACGUUUAGGAGUAGGUGAAAAAGGUUUUAGACGAUUAAUGGCUCACCCUUGGUUACAACAUAUUCAAUGGGAUCUUUUGGAAUCAGAACAAGCUGUCCCUCCUUUUAUACCAGAUAGCAAACGUGCAAAUUUUGAUCCUACUCAUGAACUAGAAGAAAUUUUAUUAGAAGAUAAUCCACUAAAAGUCAGAAAACGAAAUCAACCCAAACGUAGUGCUACAUCCAAUGCCAAUACCUCAUUUAGAAGUCAUGGUAGUGAAGUUAUUUUACCAGAAACAAGCCCUGAAAGACAAAUGAUGGAGGAUAAAUUUGUGACCUUUGAUUACACCAAACCAGAGGAAAACGAACGACGUAGAACCGAAAUGGAACAACAACGAUGGGCUCAAAAAAUGGCGAAAACAAAUGGAAUAGAAAAACCAGGUAUAUCACCACCAACAAGAGGAAGUUCUCGAAAAGUAAUUACCGGCACAUACAAUACCAGCGUUGCAGAUUAUAUUCAACAACAACCUGGAACACCCUUAUCAGCAAGUGAUAUAUUGAAAUUGGAAGAAUUAGAACGAAUGAAACGAACACAACAAUCAGCCCUUCAUCUUUCAGCUCAACAAACCCAACAUCAUCAACGACAGGGUACUAGAGAAAAGAGUCGUACUAAUGAAUGGCAUCCUCCUUCUGGCAUCAUGGUUUCCAACACAUCACUACUUGAUCCUGAUCCAUUAAAUGCAGUACAAGCAAGAGACAAUUAUAUUUUACAAGCUGGUGGCGUUCCUCCACCAAUCAAUCCUCCUCCACCAGUCAUGAUGUCUUCUUCUUCCUCGGAUAGAAUCAACAAUAAAAAUGUCAAUGUAUAUCAACAACAGCAUCAACAACAACAACAACAUCAUAAUCAUCAACAAUAUCAGCAACAUCAAAAACAACAACAACAUCAUCAGUUACAGCAAUUACAACAACUUCGACGUAGGUCAUCAUCAGAUUCUAGUUAUUUACCAGCAUCUCCAGAAAAUUUACACCGUCCUCUAAUGGCAGCAUCAACAUCAUCCAUUGUUACCAGCUUGACGACUAAUACCACAAAUCAGUCACAACAACAACGCAAUAGAAAUGAAUCACCGGUACCUCCGCAAAAAUGGAUGUUUGACUCAAAUACGUUACCCCCUAUUCCACCUUCUGCAACAACUCCAUCAUCUUCAGUUAUGACUACUCCUCUUCCACCUCCAAACAUCCCUCCUCCACCGAUUCCCUCUGAUAUUUCUCCAUUACCAUUUGCACCUCACUGAUCGUAAAAUAUAUAUAUAUAUAUAUAUAUAUAUAUAUAUAU